AUGCCAGAACGGACAUCUCAAGGCUCCCAAGCUAUCUGCUCAUCCUCCUUUCAAUUUUUCACAUCAGGAUCCAGAGCUACAAUGUUUACCCGGACGCUUCCUCAACUUUCCAGAUUCCGAUUUAUCUAUCGGGAUAAUCGAGUCCCCUAUUACCAGAAGCUCUUCCAAACAAAUGAUAGCAAGCGUAUGUGGUGGAAAGUCAGUAUUUGGGCAAAAACCCCGAAAAAUUCUGUCCCUUUUGGGUAUAGAGCAUUUACUCAUGGUCAAUUCUUCAACAACAGACCGACAGAAGUGGCUGGCUUAUGUGGCCCUAUUUGA